CCAUGGUCUGUCUACGAGAUGGCUGCACUGGGGAAGCGUCCAGCGAGUCCUGCUAGUUGUCUACGAGGUGGCUGCAAUGAGGAAGUGCCCAGCGAGUCCUGCCUUGGUGUGUCUACAAGAUGGUUGCAAUAAGGAAGCGUCGACGGCAUGUGGUGUUUCCCUGAGAUGGAAAACCUUUAAAGGUAAGCCUGACUGCAGAGGGUUCACAUAGGUAGAAAAAGUCAUUAAUUAUUUUUUCUUUCUGCUUCGAUAGAGCUCCCACUGACAAGUGCAAGGAGAAGAGGGCUACAUCUACACUUCAGCUACGUCCAUCAACCCUUGGUGCCAGCGAGUCCUGCCACGUCCUGUCUAUGAGGUGGCUGCAAUGGGGAAGCGUCCAGCGAGACCUGCCAUGGUCUGUCUACGAGGUGGCUGCAUCGGGGAAGCGUCCAGCGAGUCCUGCCAUGGUCUGUCUACGAGGUGGCUGCAUCGGGGAAGCAGCCAGCGAGUCCUGCCAAGGUCUGUCUACGAGAUGGCUGCAAUGGAGAAGCAUCCCAGGCAUAUGGUGUUUCACAGAGAUGGAUAACCCAUAUAGAACUAGAUUAUGGCUAUUAUCGAUAAAGCUCCCAUUGACAACUGCAAGGAAAAGAGGGCCACAUCUACAUUUCGAUCAACCCUUAGUGCCAGCAAGUCCUGCCAUGGUCUGUCUACGAGGUGGUUCCAUUGGGGAAGCGUCCCAGGAAUAUGGUGUUUCACCGAGAUGGAAAAUCCUUAAGGAACUCGAUUAUAGCGAUUCUCGAUGGAGCUCCCACUGACAACUGCAAGGAAAAGAGAGCCACAUCUACACUUCAGCUACUUCCAUCAAUCCUUAGUGCCAGCGAGUCCUGCCACGUCCUGUCUAUGAGGUGGCUGCAAUGGGGAAGCGUCCAGCGAGUCCUGCCAUGGUCUGUCUACGAGGUGGCUGCAUCGGGGAAGCGUCCAGCGAGU